GUUGCUCCAGUCGUCUUCGCUACGUGAACCUUCGCGUGCUCGAAGUUCGCACCAGCAAAACGCCGAGGGGCCCAGUCUUCGUCUGGCGUACGCAUGGUUCCGAACUAGGAUCUAUCGAGCGAUGCGGGCUCUGUUCUACAGCCACCGUGGAGAAGACGAAGAAGAAGAAGAAGACGGAGAAGAAGAAGAAGUCGGAGGAGGACUGAACUUCACUUUGACGAUUUGACCCGUGGAAAGUGUGUCAAAGGAAAGAAGAGUCGAGCCACAGCUGCCUUUUGUGCCACAGAUGCAACACGGAGAGACUUUAUUUAGGGAAACAUGAUUUUGAGGAAACUUCAAGCGGGAACCCGCAGAGCAUGGCUGUCCCGGGCGCCCCCGAAGCAGGAGCAGUGUUCCUUCUCCUCGGUGCCCCCCCAGCCGGUGCCCCCCCUGGCCCAGACCCUGCAGGGCUACCUGCGGGCCCUGGAGCCGCUGCUGCCCCCGGAGGAGCUCAACCACACCCGCAGGAUGGUGCAGGAGUUCGGGCGGCCGGGCGGACUGGGCGCACAGCUGCAGGAGGGUCUGGAGAGAAGAGCCAGACACACCAAGAACUGGAUCUCCGACUGGUGGGUGCAGUGGGCGUACUUGGAGAGCAGACAGCCGCUGCCUGUGCACUCCAACCCCGCCAUCUCUCUGCCCAGGAGAGAUUACAACGACUGGAGGAGCCAGUUGGUCUUUGCAUCUAAACUCAUUGCUGCAGUUUUGGACUUCAAAGCCAAAAUCAAAAACGGCCAGCUGCCGGUCGAGUACAUGCGAGGAAAGCCCCUGUGCAUGGAGCUCUACCCGCUCCUCUUCUCCUCCUGCAGGAUCCCUGGGCCCAAGCACGACUACAUCGCCCACUACGGCCGCUCCCGCCGCUCGCCCACGCACAUCACGGUGGUCAGGAACUACCAGUUCUUCCAGCUGGAAGUUUACAACAGUGACGGCUCCCGGAUGACGGAGAGUCAGAUCCACAGUCAGCUGCUGAGGAUCAGGUCUCAGUCCUGGAAAACGGACAAGGAGCCGAUGGGCAUCCUGACCAGCGAGCACCGUCACACGUGGGGGGAGGCGUACAACCGCCUGCUGAGAGACAAACUAAACAAGGAAUCAGUGCGGCUGAUAGAGACCGGCCUGUUCUCCUUGUGUCUGGAUUCUCCAGUCAUGAGGAUAUCUGAUGAGAAGUACGCGAGCCGUAAAGCUGCGCAGGUCCUGCACGGAGGCGGGACGUACUCCAACAGCGGCAACCGCUGGUUUGACAAAACGCUGCAGUUUGUAGUGGGUGAGGACGGCUCCUGGGGUCUCCUGUAUGAACCGGCCACAACUGAGGGGCCGCCCAUAGCAAUGCUGCUGGAUCACGUCCUGCAGUAUUGUGAGAAUCCAGACCCAAAGAGAGCACCGCUCAUCCCUCUACCGAUGCCCAAGAAGCUUUACUUUCACAUAGACAGAGAAAUCAAGCGGGACAUUGAGCAGGCCAAGCAGAACCUCGACAUACUCAUCAACGACCUUGACGUCAACGUGUUCAACUUCAAGAAGUUUGGCAAAGAGCUUCCAAAGAAACACAACCUGAGUCCAAACUCCUUCAUCCAGGUCGCCCUGCAGCUCGCCUACUACAGAGUUCACAAUGAGGUCGUUCCGGCCUGUGAUAUUGCUUCUCAGAGGAUGUUCCGAAGUGGAAGGACAGAAUAUAUCCGCUCGCCCACAAAUCAGACGCUCCAGUUCAUCCUCGGCUUUGGCGACCCGUCUGUAUCGCGGGAGGCGAAAGUCCAGCUGUUCAGAGAAGCUGUUGACGCAUACGCAGAACUGACGACUCAGACUCUCAAUGGGCACGGCAUCGACAGCCACCUGCUGGGGCUGAAGCUGCAGGCCAUCGAGGAAGGACGGAGCAUUCCCAAAAUCUUCAUGGACACCGCGUACGGACUGGCGACACACUGGAAACUCCGGACUGGGCAGGUGCCUGCGAACACAGACAGCGUGAUGUGUUUCGGGCCCCUCGUUCCAGACGGUUACGCCGUGUGCUACAACCCGCAGGCGGACCACGUCCACUUCUCCAUCACGGCCUUUAACUGCUGCGAGGAAACGAACGCUGAAAAAUUGGCCCAAACUCUGAAGGACACCUUGAGUCGGCUACAGGAGCUGCUGCAGCCUACUGUGUAGUGCUGCUGCCACCAUUUGUCCCAGCAGCACAAGCGCAGUGUGCAACACUUUAUUUUCUUCAAUCAUUUUGUAGAAGUCUUGAUGAGGCUUGCGUCUGAUGUGGAUGUUUCCCCGUGCAUGCUGCUUGUUAAGCUUCACUAGAGCAGAUUGACCUGAGGAGGUUUUCAAGACUGAAUCCUGUCUCUUUGAUGCUUUGAAGCAGCUAAUUUUUCUAGCCAGAGCGGAGCAGGAAGCUUUUGUAGUUGCUACAACGAAUGCACUUAUAGGCAUCUGAUACUGCAGCGUCUCAGCCUGACACUCCAGCAUUAAUCUGACCAUGCCAAAGCAUAUCUGCAUAAAAUGACACAGCACUUGACGCACAAAGAGGUGGAAGACAAGUAACAUAAUGCCCUGAACAUGGGACAAAGAUUGGGGGAAAAAAAGAAGGUUGUUUGUGAAGGACCAAAAGCCAGAAUUGAACUUUGGUGACGGUUGUUACAGAUGCUUAGGUUUUGUUUUUUGUUUUUUUUCGUCUCACAAUCCGCACAUCUGAAUGUUCAAAAGGUAUUCCCUGUAUUUUUUGGUGCUUGUUGUUCUGCUCUCAACAUGCAGGACUGGUUAAUAAACCCUGUUGUCAAAUGA